GGCGCUGCGCGCGGCGCUCCCCGCCGGGCUCUGGGGCCGCCUGGCCCCGCUGCCGGGCGCGCCCCGCCGGACCGCCGCGCACUUCUCUUUCCAGCCGGACCCGGCGCCCAGCGAGUACGGGCAAACUCAGAAGAUGAAUCUCUUCCAAUCCAUAACAAGUGCCUUGGACAAUGCUUUAGCCAAAGAUCCAACUGCAGUUGUAUUUGGUGAAGACGUGGCCUUUGGUGGAGUCUUCAGAUGUACAGUUGGCUUGCGAGACAAGUAUGGUAAAGACAGAGUUUUCAACACCCCUUUAUGUGAACAAGGAAUUGUUGGCUUUGGUAUUGGAAUUGCUGUUACAGGUGCUACAGCCAUUGCAGAAAUUCAAUUUGCAGAUUACAUUUUUCCAGCAUUUGAUCAGAUUGUUAAUGAAGCAGCCAAAUAUCGUUACCGCUCUGGAGAUCUGUUCAAUUGUGGAAGCCUCACCAUUAGAGCACCGUGGGGCUGUGUGGGUCAUGGUGCACUAUAUCACUCUCAAAGUCCAGAAGCCUUUUUUGCUCACUGUCCAGGAAUAAAGGUUGUUAUUCCAAGGAGUCCUCUGCAGGCCAAAGGAUUGCUGCUGUCAUGCAUAGAGGACAAAAAUCCAUGCAUAUUCUUUGAACCUAAAAUACUUUACAGAGCUGCAGUGGAACAAGUUCCUGUAGAGCCCUACAACAUUCCACUGUCUCAAGCUGAGGUGCUGCAGACGGGCAGUGAUGUGACAAUGGUUGCUUGGGGCACUCAGGUACAUGUGAUUAAAGAGGUGGCAGCAAUGGCUCAAGAAAAGCUUGGUGUGUCCUGUGAAGUUAUUGAUCUGAGAACCAUCUUACCAUGGGAUACAGAGACUGUUUGCAAGUUUCAGGUUGCUGGAGCGUGCUGUGGACUGUUGCUUGGCUUCCAGAAGCAGAACGCUGGAGCCGUACUCGGAGGCAGACAUUUUUAAAGUUACGAGAAUAUAUACAUAACCAUUUUAGAAACUAAUUAUUCAUAUCUUUGUUUAUGUUUUAAGAAAGCUUUGAAGCCUUGUUUUUUGUUCCUAUGCAUCUUGUUUUUUAAGGGAAGUACCUAGUGCCAACGUGUUUGUUUAUAUAAAAUUCUGUUUUCUCCUUUCUCCCUCCCAAUAUGAAAAUAGUUCUCAGUCUUUUUGCCUAUAUAUUGACAAGUGAUACUUUAGAAAGAAUCUGAUUAGAAAAAAACAUAGGUAAAGGCAUUUGUGAGUACUUUCUCUUAACAUAUAGUGUUGAUGAUACUGUCCAUCAGUUCUUCAUCAAACAUUUUGCUCACAUUAUGUAUUACAACCUUCAGAUUUAAAGGCACUUAUGCAAAUAAAUGGGCAGUGGUACAUAGUCUAUGGUUAGAAGCUAUUUUAUGGCUCCAGUAUGUGCAUUUAUUUUUUUCCUUGCAAGUGGUGCUGAUUGAAUUCUAAUGGAAGUUGGGAUGAAGUUCCAUGAUGGUAAUCAUAGAUGAAUCAUUCUUCCACAAGCAUAAUUAUUGCUUCUCUACAGUAUUGCCUUUCUUUAAAUGUCUGUAGCUAUUUAUCCUGCCAUUAUCACUUAGUUGAGCCAGCUGUUCUUUUAGACUACUUUUUUUUUAGGAUUCACAUGGUGUAGAUUCUUCCUAUUUGUGCUUUAUUAACCUUUACCCCAUGAGAAUGAGGUUUUAAGUAUUUCUACAAUAAUUUUGUACUUCUAAAGGUAAUAUUGAAAUUCAUCAUGCCAAGAUUUAAUCUGCUUUUUACUGAAUUAUUGUCUAACAAUAUCCAUUUAUUAAUAGCACAGUGCAUUGUAUUUAGCCUCUUGUAAGUAUUUUUAUGUUCACAGUGAAGGCAAUCUGAAAUCUUUUAAUAAAAGUAUAGACUACAGAGAUUUCCAAAGGUAAAUAUUGCUAGAAUUUUUUAUAGGAAGGAUUUGUUUUUCUUUAAGAUAUAUUUACUCAGAUAUUUUCCAAAAGUCUUACAGCUGUACCUGGUAUUACUUAGUUUUCAUUAUGCUGCUACCUUCUCUGAUACUACUAAUGUGGGACUCCACAAAUCAUUUCCUAUCCCUCUCAUCUUUGUUUUGUGUUCAAGAGUCUAUACUUAAAGAUUGCUUUCAUUUUUAGUCUGCCACACAGCAGUGUUCAGCACAGUCAAUUUGUGAUUUGGUUUCUUCUAAAUAAACUCAAUCUACUCCAGAAUAACUUUUUUUUUCUGUCAAGCUAUUACGGAAUACUCCUAAAAUCCCCCAAGUCUCUUGAAACUCUUUUGGGCUGUUUAAUUCUGCUCCCUGCAAUCUGGUGGGCUGAACUAAUGCAUGAAAUCCUGAAUAUCGGAUUACCUUAUUCCCUCCUUAUGAUAGAACAGUUACUGUCUUGUUAUAUGUAUUAUAACUUGUUAUACAAUUUUUGAUAGCUCUGAGAUACAUUAAGACCUUUACCAUAUUGAAAUGUUUGAAAUUCUGAUUAUAUGUUGAGUCCUCUUCUACUGUUUUUAUCAUAUGGAAGUUGAAGUAAUCUGAAAACCUUGCAAUUUGCUUACUUUUCCUGUGUAUGUAAUUUUCACUGUCCUGAAAUUUAUGAUAUUUCACUUCAUAAUUUGAAAGAAUAGGACAGAAUUUGCUUGGGCUCGGUGGACAUUUUACUUUUACAUGUGGAUAUAGAAAACGAAAAAAAUUGAUGUUUUGUAAUGUCACAAAAAUGUCCUAGAAUGAGAUGCAUGUAGUUAAUUAUUUCAUGGUUAUAUAGUGGAAAAAAACCCAGAGAUCUGCAUUUUUUUCUCUCCAGAAACAAAUUAGACUAAUUUAAUUUUCUUAGCUUUUUGUUUGCAAAAUAUGCUUUUGAUGUGUAAAGCUGUUACUGCAGAAAUUGUUUCACUUGAUGUGCAGUUUUGAGAAUCCUAAACUUUGUAUGUUUCAAAGUUCUUGAGGACUUUAACAUAAAAGGAAAUUAUAAAACAAAAGAAUUAAUUAUAUUUUUCUGUGGUACUACAUUUUAGCAGUGUACUUUAGCUUUUCCCCCUUAUCUGUGAUUUCUGUUCAAUUAUUACAUAGAACUAACUCUACAGAACUGAGAAGCUGCCUGUUGUGCAGAGUAUUCUUUUUCAGACAACAUAUGACAAUUUCAAGGGACAGAGACUAACUUUUACUCUUAGUCUCUUCCGCUUGAAAUUUUGCUCCCGGCUAAAUUACAUUUAGAUUGUUGGUGUUUGUAUGGUGGAUACAGCGAAUGAUUAAUGAUGCUGUGACACCAUGUGGCUUCGUCUCUUGGAAGAUGCUCAUCUAAUUUACCUUUAAUAUCAGCCCUUUAAGAUCUCUGGAGAUCUUUGCGCCUGUUUUUUACUGGCAUCUGAGCAUAUUCUGUUUUCUGUGCUGAAAAAGAGAAAAGCUUUGCUGUUACUGAACUUGAUUCUUCUAGGCACAAAGGGAAAGAAAAGGAAAAGAAGUAUCUGAUUACAGAGGCUGUCUUAGUCUCUCCCAGACACAAAGAGCAGGAGGAAUGACUCUUGCAUUUGCUACUGCUCUUGUUGCUCUCUUCUUCAGGUACCCUUUUGGUUCACAAAGAUGUGUUACAAUAGUUUCUUGCCUUUGUACUUGAAGUACAAACUAGUUAAAAUGAGGAGCCAAGUGAAAGGAAGUGCUUUGAGCUGUGGCAUGUAACAUCGUCGUUACUUUGACAAGAAUGGAAAAAUCGAGCCUUAGUGGCAGGAAAUGCAGGAUGGACCAGUGACAUCUGAGGAAAAGCAGGAGAUUCCAUUGGCAGUGCUAGAAUGUUGUCAAUGCUUGAUUCAUGUCCUUUUCUUCUACCCAUGACUUGACUAAAAACUACCCAUCUGUAGUACUGCAAGUGGUGCAAUUUUACUUACUGCAUAAUGAAUCUCACUACAGUGCUAAAUCUGUUGGGAAGUUGGGUAUUGUCUGCUUUUUGUGAAUAUUAGUACAAAAUAAAUUUCAUGUACUGUCUUGACAUUGUCCUUCCCUACUUUUCUACUUGUGUGAUUAUUCUGCAAAUACUUUUGCCAUCAAUCAAUCUAGUAGCUUGUGAGCUGGUGUUAUGUAGUUAUUUUACCAAUUUAUUUAAUUUAAAACCAGAGAUUUUAUUCAUAAAGUUAUAAAAAGUCUUUAGGGGGAACUAGCUCAGACUGAUUUUUCAUCUCAUUGAUGAGACAAUAUGAAGAAUAACAUAAGAAAAGCAGUCAGAAAUUAAAUUAAUAAAGUACUGGAAGGUCUUAAUCUGAAGCAAUCUAAAAUAACUAUGUUAAACAUAAGAAUAAUCAAAAUUUUUUCAAAUGUGUGGUGUGAGGGGAAUUGUUCAUUCAACCUACUGAGGAAGCUGUCAGCAUAAUGAAUGCUUACCGUGAUAUAAGUUUAAGAUUAUGCAAUAAAUUCAUUUUUUCCAUUUGAUUCAUAUGUGAGGUAUUUAUUAACUUGCCUAAGCAGUAUUCUGUUUAAACUGUAGUCACAUUACUUGGAUCAGCAGUGAAGUGUGCUGUAAAUUGGAACUUUGCUUUGGUUUGUGUCUUGUAGCUUAAGACUUAACAAAAGUUUACAGAGAAUGCUAAUCAAAUUUUCUAGAUGAGAAAAAGAGGAAGUGGUAAUUUAAUACAACUUGGUUACUGUAUAAUGAUUGUGCUAUAAAUGUGCAGUCUAAUUUCUCUGUCCAGCUGAGAACCCCCAUAUUGCCAUUUUUAAUAAGUUCCUUGAUCUGCACAUGACAAAACUGUAAAAUCACUCUUUUGGCACGUGGUCAACACAUUACCAAUAAGUACCAAUCUCUACCAUAUUAUCACAUCUGGCUCUUGUGGUAUGUUUCUUGACAUGGUCCCUAGACUUUGAAAUUUACAACAGUGCUAUGUUUGGAAGGUUACAGAUUUCUUAAGGAAGGAGGACAUAUAUGGCUUUGCUGCAAAAGGCAAAUCAGUUUUGAGUUUAAAGAGCAAGUGGCAUCUAUUUUUCAUUUGCCAUUAAA